UGUAAAUAUUUGUAUUAUAGUGUAUUAUAAAGUAGGUAGAUAGGAAUAAAGGCCAGAAAAAGAGUUGUAGUAAAGUUAACGGCCAAAAAAUGGCGGGAAAAAUGACUACAAUCAUAAAUCCACUCACCCUAGGAAAUUCUAUAAAUACUCUUCAUCACUAUUAUAGCAUCCACUUUCUAACUCAUGCCCUCUUUCUACUACACUCAUUCUGUUCCUGCGAAAUUAGCUUUGCACGUACAAACCCUAGCUAUCUUUCUACAUUCACGACCACAACCUAUAGUUGUUGCAAUGGCUGCCCUGGUUCUCGUAGCCGCUACUGAUAAGCCGCAACCCAAAUAUUAAAGAUUUCCUUACAAAGUCAUGGGGGUUAGUCUCGAGGGUGCUUUCUCUAGGAUUCCCACCAAUGUCAUCUACAUGGAAGAUGUGAGAAAGUAUAUUCAUGUGCCUACAAGGGAAAUUGAUCACACAACAUUUGAAGAACUAAGGAGAGUCUUGCUACAACCUGGGAGUAGCCUUUACUUAUCUUAGUAUACCUGAAUUGGAGAAAAUAAGUUGGAUGUGUGGAAAGACUUUCCAGAUUUUGUUGUUGAAUAUUAAUGGGUCUGAUUGGUGUUUAGCUGAAUGCAUGACGAGUACUUGUACUUAGACAAACCCUACCAGAUCACAAAGGAGGCCAUUCAAACCGUUAUCGGAUUGCUAGCAUAAGGAGCAAGUUUGUUGAAGAAAGCUAUCAAGAAUGCUCAGCUUAUGAAGCUCACCAGGGGCUACUUUUGAUGGGAGGAGCUUGGACAUCAACAAUAUCACAAACCUAGCUGUGAAAUACGCCACAAAGGUGAUUGCCCACAAGAUCUAUUUUACCAACCAGGAGGGUUCCGCCACAGCUACAACUAUCCACAUGACAUAUCAAAUGGUGGUCGAAGGAAAAGAUUUUGAUCUCUAUGAAAUUCUUAGAAUGGAGCCACUGGAGAACACCGCCCAGACAAAGAACACAAGUUACAAUUUCUGAGGCAUCAGCAGUGCAGAGAAACCAUAUUUGCGAAAAAAGCUUUUGGAACUUAUAAGGGAGGAAAAUCAUCAGAUCGCAGUUCAACUAGCUGUUUUGGUAUCAAAAAUUGCACGGAUUGACUAUCCAAGGGAAUGGCCUGAGCUGUUUUCUAUUCUCAUACAACAACUUCAAUCAUCCGAUAUCCUUACUACUCAGAGAGUGUACAUGGUUCUGCAUCGUACUUUGAAAGAGCUAUCAACUAAACGCCUGACUGCAGAUCAGCGGAACUUUGCAGAGAUCACUUCCCAGUUUUUUGAUUAUACGUGGCAUCAUUGGCGUAGUGAUAUGCAAACUAUUCUCCAUGAGUUUUCUGUUUUUGUUCAAUCUCCGGUUGGAACUGUUUUUUCAUUUGAACGUCAGCAAGCACUACAAUUGACAUGUGAGAGAUGGCUCCUCUGUUUGAAAACAUUACAGCGAAUGCUAAUUUCGGGUUUCCAAAGUGAUGCAAGAAGUGUUCAAGAAGUUUUGCCAGUUAAGGAAGUGUGUCCUUCAAUGUUGCAAGCGGUCCAAUCAUUACUUCAGUAUCGGUCUGCUUUUCAGCAAGGUCAUGAGAGUUUUUGUGCUUUUGCAGAUAGGGCAUGCCUGAAAUUAAUGAAGGUUUUGGUUUCAGUGCAGUGUGUACAUCCAUAUUCGUUCAGUAAUCAGAAUGUGCUUCCUUCUAUUUUGGACUUCUGCUACAAGCAAAUCACUGAUCCAGAGCCAUAUAUUGUUUCAUUUGAAUCUUUCUUGAUACAGUGUAUGAUUUUGUUUAAGUCCGUGCUUGAAUGUAAAGAUUAUAAGUCUAGCAAUGCUGGUCGUGUAGUUGGUGAUACAGUUGUUACUUUGGAUCAAGCAAAGAAUAAUAUUGCCAGAGAAGCUGAGAAAAUUGUUAAAUCUCUGAUGGUCGGUGAACGUGUUGCCUUGCUGUGUAAUGUACUUAUUCGAAGAUAUUUAAUUUUUUCUUCAAAAGAUUUGGAAGAAUGGGCUCGUGAUCCAGAAAGUUUUCAUCAUGAUCAGGACAUGAUUCAGUGGACAGAGAAGUUGCGACCUUGUGCUGAGGCAUUGUAUCUGACAUUAUUUGAGAAUUAUCGACAGGUUUUAGCUCCCAUGGUACUUGAUAUUCUUAAGGAGGCAAUGGGUAAUUGUCUUCCAACAGAGGUUGAGAUAACACAGCAAAUGCUUCUCAAGGAGGCCGCUUACAGUGCUGUUGGAAUGACUCAUUAUGAACUUUCUAAUUAUCUAAGCUUCAAAGGAUGGUUUGAAGGAGCUCUUUUGCCAGAACUCCAUAAUACGCAUUCAAACCGAUGGAUAAUUCGUCGCAGGGUUGCAUGGCUUUUAGGCCAAUGGGUAUCUGAGAUCAAGGAUGAGAUCAGAAAACCAGUAUAUUUUGAGUUGCUUGGUUUGCUACAAGAUAAGGAUCUAGCAGUUAAACUUGCAGCAUGCCGAUCUUUGUGUUCUCUUUUUGAGGAUGUUCAGUUCUACGAGGAAGACUUUAUGGAUUAUGUAACAAGAUGCUUGGAGAUCUGUUUUCAAGCCAUGCAGGAUGUGCAAGAGUUUGACUCAAAGGUGCAGAUAUUAAAUUUAAUAUCAGUUAUGAUUGAGCGACUUGGUGGGAAAAUUGUACCAUCUGCAAAUAAAUUAAUGCAGUUUUUUCCUCAGGUCUGGGAUGAAUCAAGUGGUGAGAGUCUCUUGAGAAUUCAAGUCAUACUUGCGAUACAAAAUUUUGUAGUUGCUCUUGGUCUGCAAUCACCCAUGUGUUAUAACAUGUUACUACCUAUUCUACAACAAAGUACUGAUGUGAACAAUCCAGACGAACUCAAUUUGUUGGAGGAUGGAGUGAUGUUAUGGGAGACUACGCUCAGUAAUGCUACUUCAAUGGUUCCCCAAUUGUUGGAGCUUUUUCCAAAUCUUGUAGCUAUUAUUGAGAAGAGCUUUGAUCAUCUAUUGUUUGCAAUGAAAAUCAUUGAGGGAUACAUUCUUUUAGGUGGAGCAGAUUUUUUGAAUCUCCAUGCCUCUGGCGUAGCCAAAAUUUUUGAUGGUGUUGUUGCAAAUGUGAACCAAAAGGGGCUGCUAUCUGCCAUGCCCAUCAUUGAAAUGCUUGUUCAGUUGUUUCCUAGGGAUGCUCCUUCUUUGCUUGGUGGAGUGCUGCAGAAAAUUGUGGUAUUCUUUCUAAGUGGAGGAGAUGAUUCUGAUCCCACAGCAGCAGCAAUAAAGGCAUCUGCAGGUGCAAUUUUAGCAAGGUUGCUUGUGCAAAACAGUAAUUAUUUUGCACACAUGAUUACAGAGUCUUCCCUCUCAGUGAUGCUUCAACAAGCAGGGACAAACCUGGAUCAGAACCUCCUUCUUUGUCUGAUAGAUGCUUGGCUUGAUAAGGUGGAUAAUGUUACUAUUAUUCCUAGAAAGGCUUAUGCAUUGGCUCUUUGUAUCUUGUUGACAUCAAGAGAAUCUCAUAUUCUUGAAAAACUUGACCAAAUAAUCAAUGUCUGUACAAGUAUUCUUGUGGUUGAUAUUGACAACAAUGGAAGUGAAGAAUCUAGUUUUGAUAGCAUACAUUCUGUUGAAAAUCAUGAAGCACUUCAAUCUGGUGCUGCAGAAAACAUAGAUUCCAGAAAGAGGCAGGUAAAAUCAUCCGACCCAAUCAAGAACUCAUCAUUGGCUCAUGUGAUGAAAGAAAAUCUUCAAGCAUGUGCUGCUUUGCAUGGUGAGGUGCCUUUCAAUGCAGCUAUGUCGAGAGUGCAUCCUACAGUGUUGGGGCAAUUGCAGCACUUUUUAAAGACUUAAUAUGAGAGCUUGCAUACUAAUCGAUACAUGGAAAUCAUUCUUUCGAUUGUUCUUCUGGUCUAAGAUUAUGUUUCAACCUUCACCAUUUUAUUCAUAUACCAUUGUUUGACAAGUCCAGUUUGAAACCUAAAGAAAGACGCAGCAGAACAUUCAUUCUUUCAAGUUACAAAAUUCAGGCUGUUUAUAACAUAUCCCUUCUGCUAUGAAAGCAUCUUUGGCAGAAUUGUGUGUCUGCAAGGUUUGCAUUAAUUUUGUCCUCACGAAGGUAUUUUAUUAGAUUGAAAUAAUAAUAUCCAACAAGGUUUUAUAGAAUGAAAUGUGUCAUCAGCCUUGUUUUCCAGAAGGUUGUCAUAAACGAGGAUUUCAAUUCAGUUGAGAUUGAUACUUUAUAAGAAAAUAGCUGUAAUGGUUCGAAUCCAAGAUUAUUAAUUCUAUCUGGCCAUUGAAUAAACACCGAGGUUUCUCAUUCCAGGCUUCCUAUAUAUUUGAUUCAAGCAUAUAGAAUAUCUCUACCUGUUUCUUGUAAUCAGACACUCUAACUUGGUUUUCCCUAUGGUUAUGGGUGAGUGCAAUUUUUCAUUCAUGAUAUUUAAAAAGGAACCUGUUGAAAAUUAGUUCAAAUGUAAAUCAAAUUAUGCGUGAAGAUUUUAAGCUAUUAUGCUGAAAAAAUUUGACGGGCAAGGUCCACUCCCAGAAAUGUCUUGGAGCAGGGGAACUACA